UUAGAGGUUGGCACGGAAAGUGCAGUGGAUCGUGGAAAGUCAACGAAGUCCUUUCUGAUGUGCUUUUUUGAAGAAGAUCAACAUUAUUGUGUGGAAGGAAUUGACACAGUCAAUGCUUGUUAUGGCGGCACAAAUGCCUUUUUUGGCACCAUAAAUUGGGUUCAGGGUCAAGCGUGGAAUGGUUGA